GAGAAGAUGAAUGAAACAGGACUUCGGAGAACCCUCCCUGACCAGUCAUCAGGUAGCGGACAUACCUUCGAAACUUCCCAUCACACGAGUGUCACCAGUACUAUUCUGUCAAAGCGGGUCUGCUUCUACAAAAGUGGGGAUCCACAAUUCAAUGGCCUUCGAGUGGUCAUAAACAACCGCACCUUUAAAACAUUUGAUGCGCUUCUGGACAGUCUUUCCAAAAAAGUCCCCCUGCCUUUUGGGGUGCGUAACAUAACGACUCCUCGGGGGAUUCAUGGCAUCAAAGCGCUAGAUGAUUUUGAGGAUGGGAAAUCCUACAUCUGUUCUGACAGCAGGAAAGUCAAGCCAAUCGAUCUGGCCUUGGCCCGGAAGAGGCUGCCACCGUGGUACCAUGCAAGACCUGUUAGUCCUAAUCGCAAGACAGCCAGGUUUUUUCCAGGCCGGAAAAAGCUCCACAGAGAAGAGCAAGGGAUUGUUCAUACACCCAAAAAGCUGGUUGUGUUUCGCAACGGAGACCCCUCUGUAAGGCAUACUGUUUUGCUACAGAGGAAGACUACGCCGAGUUAUGAGUCUAUCCUGAGACACAUCUCAGAACUCAUGCAGUUCCACGUCAACAAACUACAUACUCUGGAUGGCCGAAGGAUUGAUGGUCUUCCAGGUUUGAUUCUGUGCUCUGGAAGUGUGGUUGCCGUGGGCAGGGAACCUUUCAGGCAUGUCGUAUACAGCAUGGAGAAAUAUCCAAGUUCAACAAGGCAACACACCAAGCGAAGGGUUUCAAAAAAACAAAAGACUUCAGUCUCAAAGAAAAUGACACCUUCAUUUUCUUCAAAGUCAAGAAAUUUCUCUGCAUCAUCAGAGAGGUACAUCGUCCAACAGAUUCAUGCCAGCAUGGGCGAGAGCUCCUGUGACCUGCCCAGUAACGCCGCUAAUUCCAUCGAGUCAGACUCAGAUCGAAUACUGGAGUCCUUGGCAGAAACGGACGAGGACAUCUGUCUCGGCAAUGGCGGUAAUGAGGGACAGGACGGCGAUCUUCCGAAUGACGACAACAUUGAGAAGUCCUUUCGGGUAAAUGAGGACGGCAGUAUGACAGUGGAGAUGAAAGUGCGGCUGACAAUUAAAGAGGAGGAAUCUGUUCAGUGGACAACCACCUUGACACGGUCAGUUGUAGCUGAUCAGCUUAACAUGUCGUCUUUGCCACAUUCUGACCCAGAGCAGGAGGUUUGCUCAAGAAAUUCACAAACUUCUGCAGCUUCCAAUGACAUUAUCCAUAAAGACAGAACCAGUGAUGACAAUGACGAUGAUCCACCAUCUCUUGGAAACAGAGCUUCUAGUGAUAAUUUUCAGGAUGAGGAUGAUCUUAAAAACCACACAGAAGUGUUGCUCCCAAGGAGAGAACCUACCCCAGGAUGCAAGAGAAUAAGAGAAAGCCAAGCUUCUGUGGAUAGCAUUAAAUCUGUAGAUGAGGAUGAUUUUGGAGAAGGAAAGGUGGGUUCUUGUUUCCUCGAAGAACAGACAGAGAACGUGACAACAAAAGAGCAGUUCUACAUGGAGAAUCAGACCAGCACAAAACCAGUUCCUAAACCAAGACGACUUGGUUCUGUGGAUGUUAUCAGCAGGGACAGUUCUGCAUUAAAAUCCACUGAAAUUAUGCAGACUGAAUCCAGCGGAGAUGAGGUUACUGAAACAGUCUUGCACAUAUAUGAACAACACACAUAUCAGGAUAAUUUUCUUGCAAAUGUUGGUGUUCACAGUAUGUCUGCUUCUGGAGUUACUUCACAAAACAGGCAAAAUUGUUCUUCUAAUGAAUUUGAAGCUGAACUUUGGCCUUCGCCGGCUUUUGAGCCAGAUAGUGGAUGGAGAGCUGAUAGCAUGUCUGUAACACUAGGUUUACAAUUGGCCUCCCUAAACAUUGGUGCAAUUCAAGGACCAAAAAGAGAACAGCUACCAAAAUCUAAAAAAAGCCAAGUCAAGCCAGGAGACAAUGAAUCAAAGAAAGAUCUGAGGGUUUCCUCAAAGCCAAAAUUGACUAGAAAAAAUGUCCAACGGGAUAUGACACCAGAAACAAAAAUGUCACCCAAAAAGGAACCUCUGAAUGAACCAGCUUUGGAUAACUAUGCUACUGAAGAGGAAACAGUAUUGUCAGUUCCCACCAUCAGCAAUGCAAGGAAGGAAAUCUGCUCAACAGUGACAGCAAAAAAGGUUACAGCCACAUCUGAAGAGAUCCCUCAACCCACCUUAGAGCGGGGUACUCCAUCGUUUUGUACUUCUGUGUCUCCACUUAGUUUAACCUCUGAUGAAAGAAUGUCGUCUUCCAGUAUUAUAUCAAGUGAAACCUCAGUUUUGGGAAGUAUUGAGUUUGAAGAAACAAAAAUAUCUGAUAUGCCCAAAAUCGAAGAAAAAUCACCUAAGAGUUUGGCAAAAAAAGCCAAAUUGAAAAGCAGUCCAUCUCCAGAGAGGAAGAUGCAGAGCAAAAAUUCCUCUGAACUCCAAAAUACGUCAACAAAAAAUUCAGCAGGGACUAGACACAUUGUGGACAAAGACAAUCUUUCACAAAAAGGACUACAAAAACCUGAAAAACCCAAAGUAAGUCCGUCAGCGGAGAGAAAACACCAUGAACUUCAGAGACCUUCCCCAUAUUCUCACUCUCUAGAUGUGGUGUCACCACCUAGUAGGCACAAGUCCAGCAAAAAGCUUCUUCCAAGAAAUGUCUCUUUGGACAACCCGUUACAAUCAAAGAAUGGAAAACUUAAGAAAUCAUCCCAAAGAGAAGGCCACCAACCAGCCCUGCUGAAAGCUGAUAUCAGUGGUGACACUGAGGCUGUGGCAGGAGAUCAAGUUAUAUCUGUGAUGCCAGAGCCAAUACAUUCAGUGGAUCAGCCUAACAUGAAGCCAGUCCUUGAGAAGAUCUGCUACUCAAUAAAAUCAAUACGACAAAUUACUCAGAGUAAGCGUCCAUCCUGUUUGGAAAAGUCCAACAGCUUACCCGACUUUUCCUCUCAUGUGGCCUCAACGUUUGGCUCUUCAUCCAAGGUUCUUCUUGCUUUCCUUGCAGUUAUGACCCUAAAAGAUGGCUUGGCAAACCUGAAUAUGAAAGAACUGAAUGCAUACAACGUCAGCUGUGCUGAAGCUUUAAAAAUGAUUGAUUCCCUCCGAGAAAUUGCCAACAUAGAAGACUCUCAAAGAUUGAGAAUCAGUUUGUCCAAUUUACAAAAGUCUGCUUCAAUGCAGCUCCUCCAAAGCUGGAAGGGUUUCCAGGACAAAAGCACAAACCUUAUUUCUUCAGAGGCUGCCCCUGAAUUUGAUUGUGGCAUUGGAGAAAAUGUUAUUGACCAGAUAAUAGAUAAUUUAGACAUUCCCAAAAGGCUAAAGGAUGAACUGGUUUCGCUUUCAGACGGUGAGAGUGACAGACGAGGAAACAGACAUUCUAGCAGACUGAAGCUGUUGGCAGACCAACUAAUUCAUGAAAACACUGGCGAAGACACUGUUACUCAUGAUGAAAAAGAUAAUAGUGAUGUCAGGUCUAUUGUGAAACAAAUACCUGACAUUAAAAAGCCAGCACAAACAGAAUUGGACAGUACUCCUCUGUUUUCUGAGGCAGGAAAAUACAAAACAACAAGGCAAGUAAUAGAAGACAGGUGCUGCCAGAAUUGGUCGAAUUCUGUCGCUGAUUCAGAAUAUAAUCCAGAAGAAAAGAAGACUUUCAACAUAAUGUCUCUAGACUUGCAGUCAUGUACAGAUGAGGCACAAGAUAAUCCGGAAAAGCAAAAACAGCACCAGAGGGCAUGUUUGUUUGAGAAAUUACCACAAAAAGGUGCAGAAAGUGUAGACCUGUACAGCAGGAUAGAACCCGCAAAACAAGAGACGUAUAUGGAUGCUAACCAGUUAACACAAAAUGAGAAAAACACGCUCUACACUGAAAUAAUCAAGGAAGCUAGAUCAGAUCUGGCUGAAGGACACCAGAUGAUUAGAAGUGCCAAUAAAGACUGUUUUAAACAAUAUACAGAAGAGAGAGCGGAAGUAACAGAUCAUGGGACAAAACAAGGGAUCAGUGCAAGUUCUAACUAUUACGCAGAAGUAAAAGUAAAAGGGAAGAAAACAGCAUUCAACUCAGACUGCAAAAAUCUGUAUGAUCCGAUAGAAAUCAAAAGUAAAGUGUCACAAAGCCAAAGAGCCAGUAUGGGGCUAAACAUAAGCACUAAUGGCAGUACAGGAAGCUUAAAUGUAGAUGAUCCAUCUUCACUGGAGGAACAGCAAGAAGUUAAUUAUAAAAAACUGCAUGUUAUUAUUGAGGAAAGCUUGUCUGGCAAUGAGAAAGAGGAAGAGGAACCCCUUGAUUAUCUUCCUAAGUUUGCAGAGGAAACAAAAGCAGGUAGAGAUCUGGAGGCUUUGAUCGAGGAGUCUGAGAACGAGCAGUUUAGCUCAGAGGAUGAGAUCCAGUAUGCUCCUGAUGAGCUAAAACAGCAAGGUUCUCCUAACAGAGGCUCAGUUGGUGCGUUAGAAAAUCCAGAUUUAUGUAGCUUGAUAACAAAUAAAAGUUUAGGAUAUGGAUUUAGAUCCAAUGUUGAUGAUGACAGUGGCAACGACCACAGCAGUUUUGAGGAACAUAUGUAUGAAGUGCAGCUAAAGGAUGAAGAUAAACAAAAGAGUAACUUAACUGAAGAAGAGUUGAGUUACUAUGAAAAUGACUUUAGCUCUGAGGAGGAAGAAACAAGUAGAGAGAGAAGAUUAAAGCAAAGAACUGCCGAACUCCAGGAAACUCCCCUGAGAGUACAGCUAGAAGAGUUAAACACCAAGGGGAUUGUUGAAAGUCUUAAACAUCAAUCUGAUGAGGUCUUAUCCAAGUCCGUUGCAGAGCGGGUGACUCUUCUGGAAAAGCAGGUGGCUGAAGCCCAGAAACCAAAACCUGCAGCAAAAAGUUCCACAAUCAGGCUUUCCUCUCAAAGAAAGUCUCCUCCUGAAUCCGAGGAUUCCCCUUCUGAGUCACCUGCUUCCGAGAUGCUUAUCUGUACUCGAUCGGCUCCUCAGUCAUCGUUAUCUUUUAGCUACGACUCCAGUGGUGUUAUAACCACAGAGCCCGAGGGAAGCAGAGUCAGAUCCAUCAGGGAAAUGUUUUUAGCAAGGAGCGCCACAGACAUUCAACAGAGAGGCUUCCUGGGCCCAAGCUCAUCUGAGCUGAGAGCAGAGACAUCAGGCAGUGGUGGCUAUCAGUCCCAGACUUCUACUGACCUAUCUGGUAACGAAGACGACUCGCCACGAAAAUCCAUCUCUAAAGGCUUUGUAAGGAGGGCAAUCGAAAUGCUUUAUGGCAAGAAAGACCCCGAACCAGAGGAAGUGAGCGAGAGAUCCCCUUCAGAGCCGGAUCAAAGAAAGAGGGAACCUUCAAGCAUCCUCUCUCCAUUUCACGCAGCUAGAUCUAAGGCAAUGUCAGAGUUCUCCUAUUUUAAUUCCUCUAAUGCUCUAGACAUCUUCAGUGAAGCAACGAGAUGCAUUACGUUCAACGCACAAGUGGGGCCUGGAGACAGUGUUCCUAUUGACAAUGGCCGGUGGCUUCUUAGAGAGAACACACAAAUGAGAAAGUCAGUGUCAGACCCAGUUGGAAUUAACAAAACCUUGACAAACACAUUUUACGAUGAUGGAUUUUGUAAGGAUAAAGAGGAGAAGACUCCGUAUUUAUUGUUCAGUUCAAAACCAGAGUUACAAACCGAGACCAAAUCCCAACCUGGAAAGUGCACCUAUUUCUCCCUGCCUCAUGCCAGUGAAUCAGAGGCAUGUCAGGAUGAAAUGAGCGUAAUAAGCAAGGACAGCAAGAACGAGGACAGUGUUGAGGAGACAAAGGAUGCUUCAGAGGACAGCAAAACAUGGACAGAGAGAAACGGAGCCCUGCCAGGAAUAGGUGUUAUAGAUUUUAAGAUGAAGGACAAUAAAGUGCACCCGCUGGUUGAGCUGCCACCCGAUGGUGAGGUGGUGGUGGUACAGCCUGGGAAAGGUCAGGGCGUUAUUAACAGACGGAUUCAAGAACCUGAUGUUUUGGACUUACUGUAUCAUUUUUGUGGUGAGCAUUGUCCCAUACUGUGAGAGCAACAAACUCCCACAUUCAGCUAAAAAUAAAUUGUACACAGGGUUAGAGAUGAAUAUAUUGUCUUCUGUGCCUACAUUAUCAUGUUUUCAUGGCCUUGAAUGUCAACUCACUUCAGCUAACUUUCAUAUAAAACGUUGUGUAAUGGCUACAAAACCUUUACAUUUUUAAGUACAGUCAGUAAUUUGGUUUUUGUCUUUCUCAGUUGAUUUUUUCCUCUUUUUUCAUCCACUGUGCCCCAAUUUUAUUCAAGUUGUCUCUAUCCAGAGUU